UCCUCACCUAGUGAGACAUGGUGAGUGAUUAUUAUUUUUUUGGCGUAGGUUAUUGCCACAUGUUCUUAGUCUAUCAACUAUUGGGAUUAAAUUAUUUUAUGUAUGGCAGUAAAUAGAAAUAUGAUAAAUAGUGCUGCUCAAUAAACUAGUCCCUCUGUUCCAAAUCAACAAUUUUAGUUACGUAUUUGAUGCCGAAGCUAACAUUUAAUGUUACAUACUGGUCACAUGUAGCUAAUUGACUCACUCCUGGUCCUCAGGUGCUGCAGGAGGGAUGAUGACUUUUUACAAUGUGGUGGUGGUGGCGACUGUGAUGGCAAUAGUGGGGGUGACUGUACUGGUGAUGGGGGCGCAAGUAAGAGUUCAGGUAAAAGGAAAGGGCGUCCCCACACGGAAGCAACCCUCCCAUACUAAUGCGCGACUCCUGCUGCGUGCCUGGAGCCGUGUCUUGAAGAACCGUCAGGCUGUUACGGAUCCGUUGCCCUUAGCGCUGGCUGACGUAGUGAAGGACUUAGGAGGUGGCGAAGGUGGUCCUUGUCACGUCCUACUCUACUACGACAGCACGACGGUACCUCCGGAGGAUUUAGCUGUCUUUCGCUCCUCCCUCAGCGUCCCCAUCACCUUGAUAGAUGUGAGUAAACUCACCUUCACUCUCAUCACUAAAGUCCGACGUCGAGUGCCUCUCCUUGAGCUCCUCUCGUUCCAGGCAGACAAUAGGUGCCGGCUGCUGGUGGCCUGGUCCUCGAGCAAUUACCAGCGCGGCCUCAUGCUGAUGGCUCAGGCAGAACCUGUCGUAUUGGGGCUUAGAGGCACACUUGUUUUGCCCGUCACUGACAACAGCCUCGACCGCUUCAUCCCACAGCUGCGACGUCGCAUUCUUGUGAAGCGACAAACGUUCCGCAAGAAACAAGGGACGAGUGAAGCAAGGUUUCUCGUCGAGGGAACUUGCGAAAUAUGCCAGCGGUACUACUCGACUCGUCUGGGGGAUUGGCGGUACCCUGAUGGGUGGAAGUGGGGAAGAGCCACGCCCUAUGGACACGUGUUGCCUGGUGCGAACCUGACUGUGGUUUACACGCCUUCUGUUCCUAAUAUCUUCCCCAUGAAGGGAGAUGGUGCUCUACUGUUAGAGGGCAUCGAGAUGCGGCUGUUAGAGUAUAUAGCAAAAGCUCUUAGAUUCAGCUAUCGUUUAGUUGUGCCCAGUGAUGGUGAAUGGGGAAGACCUGUGAACGGGACAUGGACUGGGAAGGUGGGGGAAGUAGUAACAGGACGGGCGGAUAUAGCAAUGGGAGGUCUAGUGUACACUGAUGAACGAGCAGCUGUUGUUGAAUAUUCCCUCUUGUUUCUUAACGAGGUGUGGGGCAUCGUGUGUCCUCUCCCUGUACGUCUGCCAGUUUGGCCUUAUAUCAUGUUCCCCUUCAGAACUGAAUCGGCGCCUUCAGUGUUCGCCUUGUUUGUGGUUUUUAACGUGAUGGCCUACUUAGUGGGAACAGUAGUGGCAAUACAAGCACCUCAAGGUCCCAGGGACCCGUGGGCAGAAUCUGUAGUCAGAGUUAUACACGUUGGAGUGUCUCUGUACCUCCGACUCAUGGCCUGCCUGUACUUCUGGAAUAUAUAUUACUGUCUCAUAAAACCUAAGUAUGAACCCCCGGUGGAUUCCUCGACGGAGCUACUUCAGUCAGGGUACGACUGGGGCGUCGUAUCUGGCACCACAGUACCCAGAAUCCUCACUUCUUCACAACACAGUGUUCACUGGGAUCUCAAUCUCAGAGCUAAGCCACUCCCAACAAUCACCGAAGGAUUCCAGCGCCUUCGCAAAGAAAACUUAUGCCUGGUGGGGGUGCCAAAGAGGUUCGCCCUCGCCACUAUCGCCAUGCGACAUUCUACUAAGUGCGGGGAGCCUGGUUUGCAGGUCAGCUCAGAGGACCUCAACUCUGUCCUUAGUGGAUGGGUGCUGCCUCGGGGCUCACCCCUUACCUCCUACAUUAAUGACAUCAUCUUACGGCUUCAGAGCUUCGGUCUGUUGGAACACUGGAAGAAGAAGAUGCACGAACUUCUAAUCACCCGCGCCCCGAGAGACCUGCCAUGUCUCAACCCUCCUCCUUCAUCUCUCACUAUACUGGAUCUACGCCUCACGCUCUUUAUACUGCUGGGUGGGUGGUGUCUGGCCCUCCUGGUGUUCGUAGGUGAACACUUAGUCAGUGUUUUCAUCAAGUGUGAUAUCAUGACGGUGACGGAGCGGAGCACGGAAAUGAUGUUAGGAAGUCAAACAGCACGUAACAACGAGAGACGUGAUGGUCUAAGUGAUUGGCUCAGUGUGCUUCUGUCUCCAGUACCUUCAAUUAAUAUCAGUGUUAAAGAAGCAGUUUUUCGAAGACAACUGGAUGCCAUUCUUAGGGAUAACUGGGGUCUUGAUAUAAGAUGAGAGAG